CCGGGCGACUCGGAGCCCGAGCGGCCCAGGACCGGCGGAGGUCCAGUCCCUCCGACCACAGCUCACUUCCGGUCUGCAGACAUGAGCCCGGGCUGAACCGAGUGCGGCGCGGGAGGCUCUCGAGCCUCAGAGCUGCGGGAAGGGAGGAAUGGAGGAUGAGCAGCAGCACCGCUCGCGGCCUCGCCCAAAGAUUCAGAGCAGGGUCCUGUUCCUCACCAUCUUUGCGGCUGGCAUUGGUGGGACUUUUCAGUUUGGCUACAACCUUUCCAUCAUCAACGCCCCGACCUUGUACAUUCAGGAAUUCACCAAUGAGACGUGGCAGGUGCGCACUGGUGAGCCACUGCCUGACCGCCUGAUCCUGCUGGUGUGGUCCAUCAUCGUGUCCCUUUAUCCCCUGGGGGGCCUCUUAGGGGCGCUCCUGGCGGGACACCUGGCCGUCACGCUGGGAAGGAAGAGGUCCCUGCUGGUGAAUGACCUCUGCACGGUGGCUGCAGCUGUCCUGUUUGGCUUCAGCCGCCGAGCGGGCUCCUUUGAGAUGAUCAUGCUGGGCAGACUGCUCGUGGGCGUCAGCGCAGGUGUGAGCAUGAACGUCCAGCCCAUGUACCUGGGAGAGAGUGCCCCCAAGGAGCUCCGAGGAGCCGUGGCCAUGACCUCAGCCGUCUUCACGGCCCUGGGGAUCAUGAUGGGACAGGUCGUGGGACUCAGGGAGCUCCUGGGUGGCCCACAGGCCUGGCCCCUGCUGCUGGCCAGCUGCGUGGUGCCCGGGCUCCUCCAGCUUGGCUCCCUUCCCCUGCUUCCCGAGAGCCCGCGCUACCUCCUCAUUGACCGCGGAGACACCAAGGCCUGCCUGGCAGUGCCACGACCUGUCCACACAUCCAGAAAACUCUUUAUCCGAGGGGUUGGGGCAGGUCAGACCCAGCCACUGCCAUCCAGGGAUCCCCGCAGAAGAGCCACACCUGCAACACAAGCGCUGCGGCGGCUACGGGGCUCCGAGGACGUGGAGGAGGAGCUGGUGGAGCUGCGGGAGGAGCGGGCUGCCUGCGGGGCCGGCGGCCCGCGGCGCCCGUGGCAUCUGUUGGGCGACCCGGCGCUGCGGAGGCAGGUGGUGAGCCUCGUGGUGCUGGGCAGCGCCAUGGAGCUGUGCGGCAACGACUCGGUGUACGCCUACGCGUCCGCAGUGUUCCGCGCCGCGGGGAUGCCGGAGCACAGGAUCUCCUACGCGCUCGUGGGCACCGGCGCCUGCGAGCUGCUCGCCUCUCUCGUCAGUAGUGCGGUGGUGGAGAGGGUGGGCCGGCGUGUGCUGCUCAUGGCGGGCUACUGCCUCAUGACCUGCUGGGGGAGCGUCUUCACGGCCGCCCUGUGCCUGCAGGACUCCUACCCCUGGAUGCCCUACCUGGCCAUGUCCUGUGUCUUUGGCUUCAUUCUCAGCUUUGGCAUUGGCCCUGCUGGAGUGACAGGCAUCCUGGCCACUGAACUGUUUGACCAGACUGCCCGGCCUGCUGCCUACGCGGUGUAUGGGGUGCUCCUGUGGACCAUGCUCUUCCUGCUGGGGCUGGGGUUCCCCUUCCUCAUGGAGGGCUUGUCCCACUUCAUCUACGUCCCUUUCCUCGCCGUCUGCGUGUGUGGGGCCGUCUACACCGGCUUGUUCCUUCCUGAAACCAAAGGCAAGAGCUUCCUGGAGAUCACCCAGGAGCUGCACAGACUCAACUUCCCCAGGGACCCCAGGUGGAGGGGCCCAGAGGUCCUUCAGUUCACGGAGCUCUAGCCCAGAAGGCACGGCGUGGGCCCACGCCAGUGCUGCCCAGUGUCUGGGCUGCCACCACCCAUGCACUCCUGCUUGGUGUGUGCGGGGGUGUGUGGC